AUGGCUUCCUCCGAGGUGGAUCAGAAGUUCCUUGGAAAAUGGGCAAAAACCGUGGAAAAUGACAACCCCUUGUUGUCCUCGAUGCUCUACAAGAUUCUCGGCCUCUCGCUCAGCCUAGCAGAGCAGCUCGUCACAGCGAAGAAACAGCGCCGUCCCGAUGCGUCCCGAACGCCACAGUCUCUCGAUCUAAUCUUCCACAUCAUCUGGCUUUCAAGAGAAGGCCUGGUCAUGCUGCAGCAGUAUGUUAUUCCCAUGGUUGGAAACCACACAGAGCUCCGCGUGUUGGCCUACAAGCUGCGGGCAUCGUUUUACCACAUCUUCGUCCUUUUUCACAACAAACCUGCCGUGUCUACCAUGGGCAUCGCAACCCCUGACACCAUGGCCGGGUUUACGCCCCCAAGGCUGGAUAAGGGCAAGGGGAUCGCAAGGGAGGAAUGGAACUCCUCCCAGGGGUCGAUACAGCCGACACACGCCCUCGAGGGUGGACCGGUAAAUCCUCCGCCUGGGUUCCCUCCCCAAAGCGGCUCGGACCUUCCCGCCGCCUUUCUCGAACCGCCGAGAGACUACCUCCCCGAUGCCCACAAGUAUUUCAAGGAAGCCAUUGCCCUGGCCGAUCAGCAUCUCUGGGGCUCCCACUCACUGCGGCUCUCAGUCAAGACGGAGUACGCCGCCUUUCUCUACGAUUGUGUACACGACACCGACGGGAGUCGCAAGCUGGCCAAGGACACCAUCUCCGAGGUCUACGGGGCGUCAGAGGGAAUGGACGACGACAUGUUUUCCGAUGCCUGCGAGCUGGUCACCGUCUUGGGGAAGAUGAUGAAGCGAGGUUUGGGGUCCAGCAACAAUACCUUGACCAAAGGGGCCAGCCCCAGUCCGGCCGCACCGCCUGGAACCACCAUGGCGCCCGGCAUGGAGAAUCCUAUCUGA